GUCGUGAGAAGUUUGGUCAUAAAAGCAAGAAAGUUGAAGGGACAAGUACCACUAAUAGAGAAAAAAAGAAACGUAAGGCUUUCAUGAUGGUAGUACAUAAAAAUGUGUUGAAGAAAAAGAAAAUGAGUUUAAGAGAUAAACAG